AUUAAAAAGAAAUGAAUGGACGAGUACUUCAACAAAAUAUAGUCAGUUAUGGUAAUCCAAUGAUGAGCGCCGGUCCCAGUUGUCAACAACAACAGCCGGUCGCCGCCAAUCCAUACUAUAGUCGACAGCACAACAACAAUGAAUAUCAAAUUGAAGAACGAAUCGAAGUUAUUGAGGAACGGGUGCCGGGAUGUUGUUUUGUGUCCACUAUUUGGCGCAAAAAUUGCAAUAUAUUCAGGGUCAUAGCAUUAAUAUGCAGUUUUUUCGUUGAUUUUUUGAUAUUAUUAUCAUUACUAUCGACCAAUUGGUUGACAACAAAUAAAUAUAGACAAGGAUUGUGGCAAUUCUGUAUCGAUGCCGACAGUCCACGACCGCUGCCAUUUGGUCUACAAGACCCGGAUGGUUGCCAUUGGGGACGGGAUGCAGCUUAUAUACGAUUGUCGGGUUUCUUCUGCAUCUCGUGUUUUGUGUUGACCUUAUCGGCCACUAUUCUCACGGCUUUUGGCCUCUCGAGUCGUGACCCGAACCGAAAGUACACAUUUUAUCGUUUUGCCCUUUACAUCAAUUUAGCAGCUCUGCUGGCAGUGAUAGUGGCGCUAACAUUAUAUCCGGCCUUUUUCUAUAAUGAAUUACACCAUUCAGACUUAGUGCCCGCCAAUCGGCCGCUUUGGUACUUCGGUUGGGCGUACGGUGUGGGCUGGGGUGCGGCCAUAUUCCUUAUCGGAGCCAUACUAUUAUUGGUUUGCGACAAAGAGACUGAAGAGAUCUACUACAAGGAGAGAACUAUUCUUCAUAAUAAUCACAACAACUCAGCGAAAGCGUAACAUUUGAAAGACAUUUUCAAUAACAACAAAAAACAGAUAACUUUUUAGAGGAUAUGGAGUCUCCUAUUUCUUCAACAAACUUAAACAAAACAAAACAAAAAGAUCUUAAAAAUACAUAUACUGUUAUACAAAAAAAAGUUAUGUAUUGAUUA